AUGAAUAAAUACGAAAUCACUUACGAUUUGAAAGGCUUCAAACGAGCCGACAGACCUGAUGAAGCCGUAAAAGAGCGCUCGUUGCCGGGCAACGACCACUAUAAAUGUGAGAGCUGUUCCGGUUCUGACGAGGAAACGCCUUCUGGUGAAGCAGUCGGACCAGCUUGCCCACAGUGCGGUGCCGAAUUUAGAGGAUAUCCAGAGCUGGCAGAACACAGUAAGCUAUGCUUAUUGGGCGAAGAUGGUGGGAAGACGGACGAAGCAAGGCGUCAAGAUGCUGAAAACAAUAACAGCUUGGAGGAAGAAGAGCAAAUUGUAUUCCCGUUUGGUAGCCCAGGGCACGUCACACUUGAAGCUCUGCAGAACACCAAAGUAGCUGUAGCCCAAUUCGCUGCUACGGCUAUGGCAAACAAUGCCGAUAAUCCAGCAGCACUACAAGAACUGGCUGUGCUUCAAUCCACCCUUUACACACUUCAACACCAACAGAUGAUGCAGCUCAACCUGAUACAGCAAUUGCAACAACAAUUGCAGAUCACAAGGCCGAAGGACAGUACCCCACCACCAAUGGCGAAAAGAAGCAGAAGUCCAACACCAGUCACCGUCAAACCGGAAUCGCCGCCAGAACCAACACCAACUCCACCACCAGCAGUCACUGUGCCGCCCCAGCCAUCCCCGCCUGUCUCCCUUCCGCCCUGCUCCAUUUCGUCAUCGUUCGCUUCCUCCAUCAUCACUAACCUCGACCCUCCGCCUUCCCCGAGUGAGCCCAAUACCCUAGAGAUGCUCCAAAGGCGUGCCCAAGAAGUUUUAGACAAUGCUAGUCAAGGUUUGCUAGCUAAUAACUUGGCAGAUGAACUUGCAUUCAGGAAAAAUGGUGGCAAAGGAGGAGUGUCUCCCUAUGAUUCAAGAACAGGUGGAAGAAAUGAACCGUUCUUUAAACAUAGGUGCCGUUAUUGUGGAAAAGUUUUCGGGAGUGAUUCUGCUCUACAAAUUCAUAUUAGAUCUCACACAGGUGAGCGACCUUUCAAAUGUAAUGUUUGCGGCAGCAGGUUCACGACAAAGGGAAACCUUAAAGUCCAUUUCCAAAGACAUUCAGCAAAAUUUCCUCACAUAAAGAUGAACCCAAAUCCAGUUCCUGAACAUCUGGACAAAUAUCACCCCCCUUUGCUGGCGCAGAUGGGUGCUCACCAAAGCCUUCCACCGGGGCCGCCACCCUUUCCUCCCCAGUUCACACCUCUCUAUCGUCCGCCCCACGACCUCGUCCUCCCCCCUCAGAGGACUCACGAACCUGUCAAUAAGCCUAUCCUCCCGGUUUCAGUAUUCGGCCCUCGAAUCGAACAAGAGAUGCCGGAAAACCUUAGUAAGGCCCCGGACCAAACUUCCACGGAACAGGAAUACAAAAAGGAACCGACAGACGAGGAGCUACGAGAGGAUAGACUCAGCCCUAAGCGGGAGGUGGAGGCGGAGGGGGAACUGGAGAGGUACCCGUCGCCUCCUGGCUACGAUGACUGCAGCCUAGAUAGCAAGUACACCGGAGAAGACAUCCCAGGAGACAGAGACAGCCCAGGAAUGGAGAAGAACGAAGACAGUUUCCAGGACCAACCAGAGAACCUCUCUAAUAAAAGUACGUCUGACUUAGGUCACUUAUCUUUAACCCCAGAUCACAGAUUUCAACAGUCUGUUAACUUUCCUAAUAUAGCCUCACCUCCUAGUAGUACUUCUUCAGGUAGUGUACAUAGAUUGACUCCGAGGGGGUUCCUUCCUAAUGAGCCUGAUCCUAUAAAAGACCCUGCCAUAUAUUCCAGUCUCCUUCCCCGCCCCGGCAGCACCGACAAUUCUUGGGAGAGCCUCAUCGAGAUCACCAAGACGUCGGAAACGCACAAGUUACAACAAUUAGUUGACAACAUCGAAAACAAACUAAUAGACCCGAACCAGUGUGUGAUCUGCCACAGGGUAUUGUCCUGCAAGAGCGCCUUACAAAUGCACUACAGGACACACACUGGGGAACGGCCAUUUCGCUGCAAGAUCUGUGGUAGGGCAUUCACUACGAAGGGAAAUUUAAAAACACACAUGGGUGUACACAGGAUAAAACCACCGAUGAGAAUGUUACAUCAAUGUCCUGUGUGCCACAAGAAAUUUACGAAUGGCCUCGUCCUACAGCAGCAUAUCAGGCUGCACACAGGAGAGCCAACAGACCUCACGCCCGAACAGAUCCAAGCGGCCGAAAUAAAAGAAUUCACACCCCAACCAAACUUCCCAAUUCAUUUUCCUCCUAUUCCUCAACCCUCCCCGAGUCCAAAAGAAGAGAAGAAUGACUACGCUGAGGAGGUCAGGGCUAGUUCCCUCAGUCCAAUAUCCGACGCCGCUUUCUCCACAUCCAUUACCGCUCUUGAGAAUCAAGUUCGGACCAUUACUACCAUUGCCUCCCACUAUAUUCCUUCAAAAUUUGUUAAUGAUAGUGACGACAUGUCGAGUAACAAAGAUUAUAACCCUAUUACAGUGAAUGGAGACAUGAAAUCGCCCGGCCAGAGCCCUAGAAGCGGUUCUGAAAGCGGGCCUUCACCAGCGGCGCUGCAACUGACACGAGAGUCCCCUGCAGCCUCUGAGUCUUCCUCACUGGGGGCCCUGGACCUGACACCGAGGUCCUCAUCCUCUAUGUUUCCAGGAUUCUUCCCUCCCGCCAGCGGAGCUCCUCUCAUCACAUCUGCUUUGUCUUCCCUAACUUCCUCAGUCCUCACGACGACAGCUUUCAACCCCUUGGGUCUCGCAGUAGGACCCCCAGUUCGAGGGAAUACAACUUGCAACCUCUGUUUCAAAACAUUUGCCUGCAAUUCAGCUCUCGAAAUUCACUACAGGAGUCACACUAAAGAAAGGCCAUUCAAAUGCACCAUAUGUGACAGGGGAUUUUCAACGAAGGGGAACAUGAAACAGCAUAUGCUCACCCAUAAAAUACGAGACAUGCCUCCACACCUGUUUGAACAGAAACAAGGAGGAGGAACACCCAGUGCAACUGUCGUCAAUCCAGAAGGAAACUUGAACCCAAGUGUGCAACAACAGCCUCUACCACAACAACAGCCUACGCUGCCACAACCAAUGCAGAAUCAACAACCAACACCACCUCAACCGAGUCAACCACCACAGCCUAUCCAACAGGCCGAAGUGGAACCAUCACGCCCACCAAGUCCUCAACAGAAAAUAGAGCUUGGUGUAAAGAGAUCUCCACCGCAGGGAGACACCCCAGCAAUGCCUCUACCCAAACGACAGCCAAGUGCAUAUGGGAACGCAUAUGUGGACAAACGGAGCUUCACGCAGAGGGAGGCGAAUGUCCCUAGAGCUUCCACAACUUCCCAAAGACACAGAGUUCCUUCACAGGCGGCCAGAUCUCUUCUACCCAUAUCUCCCAGCCCCUUUCCUUAAUGGGAUCCAUCAAAAGCUUUCUGAAAUGCCAAUGGGUGGCAGUGGAGGUGGCAGCCACAAUGGCAUGAUGGCGUUUGGAGGAUUUCCAUCAGAAAUGAAGGGAGAACCUCGGUCUCCAGAGAAGCCACCACAUUCCGGAGCAACUCCACCUUCUCUCUGGGAUCUACACUUUGAAAGAAAACCAGAGGAGCAAGCAAUGCCACCACCUCCUAGGGGAGAAGGUUUGGCCGCAUGAUACAGCCUAUUCCCUCCAAGCAAACCAUAGCUUCCAACAUAUCAUGAAUCUCAACAGCCAUACUCAUUCACCCAAUAAAAGCUGACAAAACAUUGGGGGACUGUUUUAUCUCAUGUUAAUUUAUAAUAAAUAUUUAUACAAAGAUAUGGAGUAGUCUAUUCUACAGAUGGCUCAAUUCUAAACAAAGAAUGAAAAUCGAGCAAAAGUUCUCAUUCUUAAAAUUUACAAAUAAUGACAAAUCAGUUUAAUAGAUAGAGUUGGAAUAGAUGACUUCAUAUGAUGAAAAAAUCAUAAUACAUAUCUUGUCCAUUUGUUAUGUGAUUAAUAGGUUUACUUGUGGUAUUAAAAACAGGGAGCGUGGCUGCAAUGUUCCUAUUUCGAAACUAGUCUUUAAUUUGAUCGCAGACGGAUGGGUCAGGAUAUAGAGGAAAGGGACUGACAAUUUGUUAAAAUCUAAUUAAUGAAACUUAUAUAUUAAUUUAAAUAUUGUAUAUUUAACUGAAAACGUGAAUGUCAUUUGUUAUAUUAUUACAUGGAAUUAACAUGACUAAGGGACAAACCUUUGUACUUUAUUUCUUCAGGGCCUUUUUAUGCGGUCAAAUGGGGCAUUGCGUUUAACAUUUAGCGUUUUUAGAGAUUAAGGAUAUAAGUAUUGUUGUUCUUAAUUUAUUGAAAUUUGCAGACAAAGUGCAAAUAAAUGUGAAGGGCAUAUUUUAUACUUCUUAAUUCAUUUCAUGAAGUUUCAUGACGUUAUUAUGAAAUUUCAUAUUUUAAAACACCUGUGAUAAAUGAGAUCAGAAAAUGUUAUUUGAACAUUUAUUGUUUCAUGAUGACUAUCAGUUUGACCAAUGAUGAACUAACACAGUCUUUAAAGUGAUCAAUUCUGUUGUCUGUGAAAGUUUUAGAUUACUUUGUUAUGUUUGCCCGAAUGUUUCUCAAUUGUAAAUUUUGUACAUUUUCGUGUAUAUGAAGACAAAUGAUUUUUUUUUUCUAUCUAGGACUGUCCUCAUGUAACUUGUAGUAAACACCCUUAAAGUAGAUUUUAUUGUAAUGUCGAGAGUAAGAUGUAAUGUAAAUGGAAAAAAAGUUGUAUUAUUAGUGUAUAGGAAAAUAUUAUGUUUACAAUAUUAUCAAUUACGUGUAGUGGUAUAAUAUAUAAGUCGCACAUAGACCUGCCUAUAGAGUAUAUUUAUAUUGCGUUCACACGUGCGUUUUAAGUUUCGUGGUAAAACGUUUAGGUAAGAUCCUAUUUUAUAUGUGUGGAAAUGUAUGUCUAACUAUCCAUAUACAUAUUUAUAAAUAUAUAUAUAUAUAUAUAUUUGAUGUUAUAUUUAUAAAUACAAUGACAACACCACAUGUAAGUACUGUAUCACCAUUGUUACCUGAUAUCUUUAUUUCACUUAAAGUUAUAUUACAUUUUGCUAAAUUAUUUUUUGUAUAUAAUGUAUAUCUAUCUAUUGAUCAGUUAUUGUUGUGAUUUUUUUUUUUUUAUUUAACUGCAAAAAUUUGUAAAACAAAUUUAUUUGCUUUAAUUAUAGCAAUUGAAAAAUCAAAGGCUUAACAGUUAUUUCCAUGAAUUUUUCACCUUAAGCGAUCUCAUUUCCCAUAUUUUCUUAUUUAUUUUAGUAAAUUAUUGAAAUAACAUUACACUACAAUAUGCUUAAAAAUGACAGUCUUAGUCACUUUGGUGAGAGUACUUAUGCUGGGAUAUUAUGAUACUUUGUAUAUGUUUAUUAUCUUCUCUUUUUUUAUUGAAUAGGGAGCAUAAACGAUAGCUCAAGAAAAUUUUGUAAAAAUAUGAGAAAAGCACAGCUUGUAUUAUUUUCAUCAGUAUUAAAAUUAUAUAUAAUUACUUUAAUACACCCAUUCCUAUCAGUCUAAAUCUCUUGCCUUUUUUUUUUUUUUUUAACUUUUAUUUACAAAUCAUUUAGUAAGCAAACAAAAAAUGACAUGCCCAUAUGAGAAAUGUAAUAUUUUAAUGUUCUUGUAAAUUUAUAACCAAAGAAUAAAAUAUAUUAAAUAAAUAUUCCACAAAUGUUUUUCA